GCGAAUCAUCAUUCCAUCCUCUCUCUCUCUAACUCAACUCCAAUUCUCCAUCCCACCCUACCAAAACAAAAAAAAAUUCAUGGGAAACAAUUCCGACCACCACUCAGUCAACUCGUCCCUUCCCCCGCCGCCGCCGACGCCGCCGAUCAUCGUCGCGAUGAAGGGCCACCCCGGCACCGGCAAGACGACGCUGGCCCGCUCCCUCGCCUCCGCCCUCAGAAUCCCUCUCAUCGACAAGGACGACGUCCGCGACUCCGCCGUCCCCAACGACCUCUCAUACGACGUCGUUUGGCGGGUCGCGUCGACUCAGCUCCAGCUCGGGCUCAGCGUCGUCGUCGACUCGCCGCUCUCACGCAGGGCCCACCUCGACCGUUUGAUCCACGUGGCGGGAUCUGCUGCUGGCGCCCGGCUGCUGAUCGUGGAGUGCAGGCCGUCGGAUGAAGCCGUGUGGAGAGAGCGGCUCGAGCAACGUGGCAGUGAAGAGGGCGCCAGCUCGCACAAGCCGUCCACGUGGCGUGAUCUCCGGAAGCUGAUCGAAGGGUACCGCGCCUGCCACGAGUACGACGCGGGCGGUGUGCCGAAGCUGGUGGUCGAUACGACGUCGUGUACGGUGGAGGAGCUCGUGGAGGAGGUGAUGGACUUCAUUCAGCUUCAUGCUCCCGGAAUUGUCAAAAACAUAUAAGUAACCUGUAAUUAGCUUGUGAUUAUGAUUACUAGUUAGAUUAAUUCAGUGACAUAUCUGUGAAUUUUAAUGAAAUUAUAUAAGUUGAUGUAUAGCUUCGGUUAUUAUUAGAGUAAAACAGAGUGUAGUUGGGUGAAUAAUUUGUAAUAGGUAGAAAAACAAGAAUUGAGAUUUUUUUAGUUAUCUUCAAAGUUGAUAGCUUGACUAACUAAAACACACAAAUAAUAGGUAUAGUUUUGAAUUAGUGAUGAUGGUAGGACAAAAUGUUUGAACGUGGAGUGUGAUGGAUGUUAUCAUUAUCGUAUCACUGUCCGAGACCAUAUAAGUACAUCAUUUAUAGACGAAACAAUAUAGUUUAUCCGAUAAAUGUUGUAGUUGCAC